AUGUUUUAUAAUAAUCAACCUUCAUCAACGAACAACUGGCCUUCAACAGUUAAAUAUCCAAGUUAUUCUCCCGAUCAGCGUUCAAAAAUUAUUUGGCUACUUGUUUUGGUUACUGUUUCACUUACACUAACUGUUGCAGCUUUAAUUAUUGUCUUCGCUGCUGAACAUUCAUGGUUUCAUGAUAGUUUUAAUAUUACAUCUCCUAGUAAUAAUGAACCGUCUUCGAAUCAAUACGGUCUUUGGCGUUUAUGUUAUUCCUCUACUGGUUCGCCUAAUAAUAGAACAUGUGAUAGUUGGUUUUCAAUUGAUCCACCUUCUGGUUCGAAUAUUGAAAAACGUCUUAAUGCAGAUAAAGUUGGUAUCAAUGCAUGGCAAGCACUUGAAAUUGUUUUUCUAUUUUUAACAACAUCAUCAUUAAUAAUUGCUUUAAUUUCUCUUAUUUUUUAUGGAUUUCGAAAGAAUAUUCAUUAUUAUUUAGCUAUAUUAGCGGUAUUUUGUAUUUGGCCAGCAGCAUGUGUUGGUAUAUCAGCAUUAUUUGUUUUUGGUUUUGCUGUAUACAAUGUAGCACCAUCACCACGUGGUCUUGAUUGGUGUUUUUAUGUUAAUCUUGUUGCUGUUAUUCUUUCGGUUAUUGGUGCUAUUCUUUUAACAAUCUAUGAUAUUCUUUUAAAAAAACCAACCAAAACUGAUGAAAAUGAUGCUGUUAUUGAUCCAUUUAUUGAUAUAAAUGGUUAUCCAACAAACUUAUAUCCACCGACAUCAGUUGUUGUUAAACAAAAGAAGAAGAGGCGAAAAAAAUCUAAUGAUUAUCCAAAAAUAAUUUAUCCAAAUCCGUAUCCUCCACCAAGACCAUUCAAUAAUGUUUCUACUACUGAUCAUAUAACUAAUUCUAAUCAUCAAAUGCCUGCACCUAAUACAUCUGUAACAAAUAAUCAACCGAUUAAUCCUGGUCAUCCACAACCACAACAACCAUCAAAUCCAUACCGAGGUCCUGGUCUUUUAACAUCACCAUCAGCAAAUUCUAUUUCACCCCAACAAUGGCGUCCUCAACCACCAACAUCAUCGUAUCAUUAUGAACCACCACAUUGGCAUCGAACAGGACCAAAUCCGAUGAAUUAUAAUAAUGAAUCUACUAAUGAUUAUGUUCAACGUGGAAUUUAUCGACCAAAUCGAUUAAAUCCAAUUGACCGAACCUUUGAACAAAAAGAAGAACCACGUAUAUUACAUUAUUAUACAGGUUAUAAUCAUUUUACUACAAUUGAUCCAAGUGAUAUUACUUUAACAAGAUAUCAUCCAUCAUUACAAGGAUCGAAUUCUCCAUUACAAUAUACUGUUAAUCCUUCUUAUUAUUAA